AUGAGUUUUCAAUGGACUUUCUUAGCGACAUUUCUUUAUUUGGAACUUAUCAUUGUUAUUAUUCUACUUUUACCAUUUAUUCCGCCUAAUAUCUGGCAAAAGUUUUUUCACUCAAGGUUAGCAAGAGCAUUUCAUGCUGGAGCGAAAUAUUACUUUAAUUUUAUAAUAUGUAUUUUCGUCUUAUUAUUUCUUGAUUCCAUUCGUGAAUUAAGAAAAUAUUCUGGUGUUGAAGUUAAAGAUUUAAACACACCACAUGCAGAAGCACAUGCACAUAUGAAACAAUUUCGUUCACAACGAAAUUUUUAUAUUGCUGGUUUUGCUCUUUUUCUUUGGUUUGUCAUUAAACGUUUAGUCAAUCUUUUAUCUGCUGUUGCACGUGAAAUGGCUGAUUCAGCUGCUGCACGUAAACAAGCUGAAGGUGCUCAUCGUCAUUUAGAAGGAUUAGCCACCGCUGAUCCAAGUACAAUUGAUCCACGAGAAAUUCCUAUUUCAGCUGGUGAUGCACCACGUUAUAUUGAUCCCAAAGAACAUGAUGCUGAAAUACAAAAACUUAAAGGAGAAUCACUUAAAGCACGUGAAGACAUCGAAACAUUACGUGAACAAUAUGAUAAAUCAAUUGAAAAUUAUAAUACUCUUAGCGAUGAACAUAAGAAAUUACAGAAUAAAUUGGCUGUAUUCUCAUCAGAGACUGAAUCUGAAAAAGACAAAUAA